AUGACAACCAAUAUCAAGUAUCUGGACGAGUUCGAGGACAAGCACAACUACCGUUCGAUCCGGGUGCCCGACACCAAGACGCUCGAGUUUGAGCCGCUCAAGCCAGCACCAAACAAUGACGCGUACUGCAAGGUGUCAAUGGUCAAGAACUCUGACCUCACCAUGGGCCUAAGUCUGUUUGUACGCACGAGCGACACGGACGCCCAGCUCACUCUCCCGGUAUACACCUUUGUGCUCGAGCACGCCGGUAAUGGACGCCGAGUCGCCUUUGACCUUGGCCUCAAGCCCAAGCUCGAGGACUUUUCGCCGUUCAUCCAGACCAUCAUCAAGGAUACACCUAUCACUUGGCCGCGUGGUACACUGCCCGAGAUCUUUGCCGACCACGGUAUAGACGCCAAGACUAUCGAAGCCGUCAUUCUCUCCCACGUACACUUUGACCAUAUUGGCGACAUUGGUCAGUUCCCGACCUCGACCAAGCUCAUCGUCGGCCCCAACACUGCCAAGGCCGCGCUCCCAGGGUACCCGAGUUAUAAGGACUCUGCGGUUCUCGACAGCGACCUUCCCUUUGGUAGCGAGCGCGAGGUCGAAGAGCUCAACGACAAGUCGCCAUGGGUCAGGUGCGGCGCAUUCCCCGAGGCCAUCGACUACUUUGGUGACGGAUCGCUAUACAUUCUCAACGCGUACGGUCAUAUGGUUGGCCACAUUGCCGCACUUGUGCGCACGUCGACCAAUCCUGAUUCGUACAUGCUCCUCGCCGGUGACUCGGCGCACGUCCGCGGACUGUACUCGUGCUGCGUCGGUUGUGCGCACCCCUCCUUCCGAGCGGGUCUUUACCCCGCUGCUCACGGCCUCUCGCCGGCAGAGCAGAAACGUGGCGGCCUCCUCGCUAUCCACUACGACUUGCCCGCUGCGUACCUCAACAUGGCCCGAAUGGGUCGUAUGGAGGAAGAGGACAACGUAUGUGUUAUCCUCGCUCACGACCUUGAGUGGAAGAAGAUCAUCGACCGCGAGCAGGGGGGCGAGGACUGGGAAUGGGUUCAAGUGGGCGAUUGGAUGGCCAAGAAUAGAAAGGCCGAAGUCAAGCGCGAACUGGUGUACAAGCCAGACGGGGUCAAGGACUAUGACAAGAUCUAA